AUGGAAUUGCUGGAAGUUGCACCAGACCAGCGAGUUUCUCUAGAGAAGCAGCAAAUUACGAAUUCUAUACCACGUGCUGAUAAACCCAACAUCCGUCGCAAAAAAAUUCAUUCGUUGUUGGAAGCCCUUAAUCUUCAUAAUUCUGGAAGCAUGAAUCAAUUUUUGAAAGCGUUUGGAGUAAAGGUAGCAUAUCAACCAAAGCGGGUUGAAGGAAUUAGACGUGCACCACCUGAUAUCGUUUUCGGUCGGCAAUUCACCCCUAAUAUCGACAAAGAGAAGUAUAAUUGGCGUCAAUUUCCUGACACUAAGUAUGUGGACAGUGCGAGAGUUGAGCGCAUACUUAUCGCCCAUAGUGACGAAACAGGACGGCUACUAAAAGAAUUGAGAGCGGCUCUGGAACGAAUGUUUCGAAAUCGUGGAAUUCUAUGUAACAAGUUUGAAAGUGUAUGUAUCAGAAGAGGAAAGGAAGAGAUGGAAAGCCAGUUGGAGGAGGUCUUCAGAAAGAAUAAAGGAUCAAAGUCGCUUCUAAUUAUCUACAUCGAUAGUGCUGAAAGCAAGUCGCAUGACUUCCUGAAGUUAAUGGAGCGCAAAUACUUGAUUCGAACUCAGCAGAUAACCGCUGAGCUGGCUGAGAGAAUAAAAGGGAAAAAUCGAUGGAUCGCUAACGGUAAAACUUUAGUCGUUGGCUACGAUGUUGCUCAUCCUGGAAAACCAACGCGAGAUGAA